AUGUGUUUUUAUUUUUCUGUGAGUGCUGAGGCUGACUCAUAUUUCCUUCUAUCAAGUCGUGAUCGGGAUCCUCGUGCGCAGAUCACGGCUGUCUCUCUUCUAUUCCUCUCGUCUGUAAUGCGCGUUACGUCUAAGGUAAGUAGUGCUACAACUAUGACGGCCAAUAUUGUUACUUGCCAGGAGAGACGCACGACACCCGCACUCCGCCCUCUGAUAGAUAACAAUUUACUAGGUACUUCACUGUUUGCGAUCUAUCAUGAUCAUGAUGGUGGCCAUUUGUUGUGUCUGUUGCACGACAAAGCUACUUUCACUAGAGCUAAUUUCAUGAUGUUAAGUCGUAACGAAAAUAUGACAUCAUCUACAUGA